UCACAGCAAUGUAGAUUUCCAUAAAUGCCUUCCUUUGCUCUGGUUUCACAGGAAGAAAAAAAUGUCUCAAAAGCAGAUGAAGGAAGCUUUUGUCAGUAACCUCAAUGGAACCACUGCUCUUGAGGUCACCGAGGGCUUGUGCUUGCCUGUAUUGUGUAUCCUGCUCAGAGGACUCCUGCUUAUUCUCUUACAGCACUUGGGUUCUUCACACGCUUGGAGAACUCGAUUCUUGAUUGACUUUGUUGUCCUAAUAGUUCCCAUGGUGACCGUUUUGACUGUUUUAUCUACCUUUGUCCUCCUGGAGGACCUUGCUUUAAUUGUCACUGGGGCAGGGCUGCUCUAUCAAAUAUACAGCAGGCGGACUUGCUUUGACAGAUUGCCUUUCCAAAAAAUUCUUGAAAAAUUCUGGAAGAUCAGUCUAGAAUCAGAAUAUAUUCCAGCCAUCUCCUGUUUCCGUGUCAUUAACAGUGUAUUUACUGCAAUUGCCAUUUUGGCUGUGGACUUCCCAAUUUUUCCUAGAAGAUUUGCCAAAGCGGAACUAUAUGGAAUAGGAGCAAUGGAUAUUGGGGUAGGAGGCUUUGUGUUUGGAGCUGCAAUUGUUUCUUCAGAAGUUAGGAAUAAACACACACAGGGGUUUACAUUUAAUUGCCUUUUAAGGCUAUUAUACACUACUUGGCCAUUAAUGUUACUAGGAAUAGGACGAUUAGUUCUCAUAAAAUCUCUAGACUAUCAGGAACACGUAACUGAAUAUGGAGUUCACUGGAACUUUUUCUUUACCUUAAUAGUAGUGAAACUGGUAACAUCACUGCUUUUGGUUAUUUUCCCCCUAAAUAAAUCCUGGAUUGUGGCUAUUAGCAUUACUGUAUUAUACCAGUUAGCCCUUGACUUUACCCCAUUAAAAAUAUUUCUUUUGUAUGGUGCUGAUGGCAGUGGUACAAGGGUUGGUUUACUAAAUGCCAACAGAGAAGGAAUACUAUCUUCGGUGGGAUAUGUAGCAAUUCACAUGGCUGGUGUGCAAACUGGGUCCUAUGUAUUUAGAAAAAGAGCACAGGUCAAAGAUUGGAUACAAGUGGCAGGUUAUAUGCUGUUGGUAGCUAUUGGCCUCUUCAUAACGCUUUACAUAGUUCAGGUAAAUGUAGAAGCAGUAUCUCGAAGGAUGGGUAAUCUAGCCUUUUGUAUUUGGAUAGUUGCUUCUUGCCUGACGAUUCUUAGUACAUUAUUAUUCUGCGAUAUAAUUUUGAGUUUUGCCAAAUUUCUAGUUAAAGGAGCUGUAGUGCCCUGUUCUUGGAAACUUAUCCAGCUGCCUGCUACAAAUAAAAACCAUUCAUUAUCUCUGAACUCUAAAACUGAAAGAAAGGAAUCCAGUCUUUGUUUAAUCACAGCUCUGAAUAGAAACCAGUUAGUAUUUUUCUUGCUGUCAAAUAUAACAACUGGCCUGAUCAACCUGUUGCUAGAUACAUUACACAGCAGUACUUUGUGGGCCUUGUUUGUGCUCAAAUUCUAUAUGUUUACCAACUGUUUUAUUAUGUUUAUGCUACACUUAAAAGAUAAAACUAUAAAAUUUUGGUAAUCGAUGGGAAUAGGAUAUUACCUGUGAAUAAUAGUAUUUUAUUAACCUGUGAACAAUAGUAUUUUAAUGAGGAAGAAUAAAAGAAGAAAA